AUGGCUUUUAAUCAAUCAAGACAUCCUGCCACCACAAAUAAUUUUGCUAUUAACACCUAUGAUAAUGCAGACUUUCAUCUUUUUACAGAUGGCUCUAAAACGGGUAACCGAGUAGGCUGCAGUUUUAUUGCAUACUGCCGUGAAGAGAUAUUGACUAUGGAACAAUAUCGACUUGGUGAAAAUUGCUCAAAUUUCCAAGCCGAAUUGUUCGCCAUUGGAAUGGCUGUUGCUUGGUGCAAGCACAAUUAUACAAACAAAAGGAUUUCUGUUAAUACUGAUUGUUCUUCUGCCAUAGCUCUUCUAAAAAUUAGAAACUAUCAUCCGAUUGCAAAUCGUAUACAAGAUAUCAUAAAUACAUUCACUUGUCAUUUCGCUAUAAACUGGAUUCGAGGACAUCAAGGGCACUAUGGAAAUGAACUGGCAGACGAACUUGCAAAAGAGGCUUCUUAUAAGGAGGACUUACCUGUAUCUUACAAAAUAAUUAGUAUACAAACAAUUAAAACUAUCCUGUGGAAACAACUAAUUCAUGCAUGGCAGCUUCAAUGGAAUAAUAUUAAUAAUAAAACACAUGAAUAUAUUACAGAUAUUACAAAUUUCCUUAGUAAUAAAUGGUACAAGCCUACCCACCAACUCACACAAAUAUUAACAAAUCAUGGGAGAUUUUAUUCAUACCUUUCAAGAUUCAAGGGCACAUCAAACUCAAGAUGUCUUAUAUGUGAUUGCAACGACAGCAGCGAUCAUUAUAUUUAUACAUGCCCUAUGCUAGAAAAUGAAAGAUUGAUUUUAAAACUGUUACUUGAGUCUCAUGAUCUCCAUUGGCCACCUCCCACCUUAGAACGUCUCUUUGAUCACAAAGAUACCUUCGAUGCCUUUGUACAACUCGUUAACAUGUAUUUUGUAAGGACCAGUGUACCAGCUUAUUCUGGCCAUUAA